AUGACAUUUUCCGAGACAUCCAUCGCUGGUGUUUCAUACAGAGACCAUUUCGACUUCGAAGAGAGAUAUAAAAAUCAACACAUAUGUGAUCCAACGUAUUGGCACCCACUGCACAUGCCAGACCAUUGCCUAAAGAAGUACGAAAAAGUUAUUCGCUCCCAAAUAAUUGCCAUGAAUCCAGGUAAGACUUUAAGAAAGAAAGAAAUCGAGUCGUUUUCGAAUUUACUUAAACAGGCCGAGAAAGAACGACAGAAGACCCAAUCAUCGGUUCAAUUCGACGUACAGUUUCAAGAUAUUGAAACGGAGUAUCCGCGGUAUACACCGCAGCACUUGGGAUAUUUGCAAGAAGAUGAUGAUGAGGAAGAGGACGACGAGCUUACUGCGAUUGGGUACAUGCUAUCGCAGCGGUCGAAGUUGCCAUACGAGGUGAUGCUAGAGAUGGUGCAGCGAGACGCGUGGCGCCUACCGACCAUACCCUUCGUUGGACUGCUGCCUUACCUCGGCGCGGCCACCGUCUACCAACAACCGAUAUCAGAAAACACUGAAGAUAUCAUCAAAAAAGUCGCCCAUGUCUAUUCUGAUGCUGCUCAAGAUACUUACAAAAAAUCAAUUUACGAUCCUGUAACGUAUAACUCUAAUAAUACCAUACCAGACACGAAUAAUACUAAAACUGAUAAAGUAAAAGGUUCCAAGAAACACAAAAAAAUGUUGCAACCCUAUGAAGAAACUACCGAUAAUAAAGAUGAAAAAAUUCCUGACAAAUUAUUGCACGAAGAGUCAAAACAUGAGCAGACUACACCGAAAAAUAAAGUUAUCAAUAAGAAAAUAACAAUCGGUAAUUUGGUAGCUUAUUAUCAAGAAACAAGAAGUAAACCCUAA